UGCAGCGGGAUGCGCGGCGUUUCUCCACUUCCUCUCAACCGCAAAUGCAACCGGAGGCGACGGGACUUUGCGAUGGAGCGAAAGAGGAACCCUUCACCUGUAGAUAUUUAAAACCCAGCCGUGCGUCAAGGAGAAGGCUGGAGUGGAUCCCACUGGAAAUUACUGCGCGUUUCGGGUUGAUCUUCCAUCGGGCGCUUGUCGCCCUGUGAUCCGCGCUUGUUGGAUCCCGCGACCUGCAUGGAGGGAUGUCGGCAUGGCUUGCACCAGGAGAACCAAAACUUUGGUGUCGACGUGCGUGAUCCUGAGCGGCAUGACCAACAUCGUCUGCCUGCUGUAUGUCGGAUGGGUCACCAAUUACAUCGCUAAUAUCUACAUCAAAGUGCCGAUGCCGGUGUCGGAGAGAAAGUUAGAGGACGACAAACGAGGAGGAGAGACUCUCCGGAUCAUGGAGAGACUGGACCGUCUGGAGAACGUUGUGAACCAGCACAUCCAAGAGACACCAGGGAAGGAUGACGACAACCAGUUGGAGUCUUCGUUCUCCGAGUCGUCCCUCUUUGCUCACUGGGGCCAGGACUUGAGUCCGGACAAUCGACGGGUGGCUUUGAAGAUGUUCCAGUACUAUGGCUAUAACGGCUAUCUCAGCGAUCGUCUCUCGUUGGACAGACCAAUCCCAGACCUCAGGCCAACUGGGUGUUCCAACAUCUCUUAUCCUCUAAACCUCCCUCAAGUGAGCAUCGUGUUCAUUUUCGUGAACGAAGCCUUGUCCGUCAUCCUGCGGUCCAUCCACUCCGCCAUGAACAGAACACCGUCGCACCUGCUGAAGGAGAUCGUUCUUGUGGACGACAACAGCAACAACAAUGAGCUGAAGGAGAAGCUGCAGGACUUUGUGUCUGAAAUGAACAGCAAACGUCCUGGAUUCAUCAAAGUGGUGCGGCACAGCAAGCAGGAGGGACUGAUCCGUUCCAGGGUGAGCGGAUGGAGAGCUGCCACCGCUCCAGUUGUUGCCUUGUUUGAUGCCCACGUUGAGUUUAACGUUGGCUGGGCUGAACCCAUCCUCCAGAGAAUUCAAGAAGAUAGAACCAGGAUCAUCUCCCCUUCAUUUGACAACAUCAACUAUGACACGUUUGAGAUUGAAGAGUAUCCACUCUCAGCCCAGGGCUUCGACUGGGAACUGUGGUGCCGUUACCUCAACCCACCGAAGACCUGGUGGCACAGAAACAACAAGACCGCUCCGAUACAGAGCCCUGCCUUGAUUGGCUGCUUCGUGGUAGACAGGCUGUACUUUGAAGAGAUUGGACUGUUGGACGAGGGGAUGGAGGUGUACGGGGGAGAGAACGUGGAGCUGGGCAUCAGGGUGUGGCAAUGUGGCGGCAGCGUGGAGGUGCUGCCGUGUGCUCGAAUCGCCCACAUCGAACGCGCUCAUAAACCAUACACGGACGACCUGACCUCACAUGUGCGGCGAAACGCACUCAGGGUGGCGGAGGUGUGGAUGGAUGAAUUUAAGAGCCACGUCUACAUGGCGUGGAAUAUCCCUCCAGAGGAUUCGGGGAUCGACAUUGGCGACAUCUCUGAGAGAAAAGCUUUGAGGAAGCGGCUGCAGUGUAAAACCUUUCGAUGGUAUCUGGUCAACAUCUAUCCGGAGAUGAGGAUGUACAGCGAGACCAUCGCGUACGGAGUGCUGAAAAACUCUUUGAAGAAUGAUCUCUGUCUGGACCAGGGACCGGAGAACGAUAAUGUCCCGAUCCUGUAUCUCUGUCACGGCAUGACCCCUCAGAAUGUGUACUACACACGGACCCAUCAGAUCCACGUUGGUCUCCUCAGUCCCACGAUAGAUGACGACGACAACAAGUGCCUGGUGGAUGUGAACAGCCGACCUCGCCUCAUCGAGUGUGGCUACGCCGCCGCCAAACGCAUGAAGCUGCACUGGCUCUUCACUCAGGGUGGAUCCAUUCAGAACCGGAAAUCAAAGAGAUGCCUGGAGCUGGUCGCGAGCAGUGACAAUGAGUUUGGAUUCCAACUGGCUCUGCAGAAAUGCUCGGGACAGAAGUGGUCCAUCACAAACGUGCUGUUUGGCUCUUCUUUAUGAUCGACGCUGCUGAGGACAACGCGCUGUUGCGCGGUCGUUUUUAUUGAGCACAUGUUGCUUUGUGCGAAUGGACAAAAGCCCUGAGGAGGUUUGGAAAAGCUGUUCAUUCUGAGCACCACGGCGUCCUCUGAUGAGCAUCACAUCUUAAAUGUUAAACAUUUUUAUUUUGCCUACUGAAGUGGCCUCAGAUGGCAGAUAUUUUGCAAUGAAAGAGUUGACAAUUAUUUACUAUAUUUUGUGUAAAAUACAGCAGGUCAGAUUUUCAUUGACUGGAAACUAUACAAUGGGUUUGUACUUGGUCUUUAACUGCUACUGUGUAGCGAGCUUUUCUGAUCCUGUCUCUGCUGUAACUCUCUUUGAUUUUUAGUGUCUCAGGUUUGUAGCUUUAUGAUGUGAUUCACAUGAACAUUGUGGAGAAACCAUGAGAUACUGUAGGACAUUUUGCAACUGUAAAUACCCUAAAUAUUUGUAUUAUAUUAAAAAGAACAACUGGUGUCA